AUGUUUACAGUCACAUACACAGCAGUAUGGUAUCAGAUGACACGCAAGGAAUCAUCAUUGGUACCAUCUUAUCAUGAUGGUAUUGAACCGAUGAGAAAGAUGGGUGAUACUAGUUGUUAUAUGGGACCGCCAGGAGCACCUACCGGUGGUGGUGGUGGUGGUGGUGGCAGUGCAGGUGGUGGAGCCGGUGGUGGUUAUGGUGGUGGUGGUGGUGGUGGUGGUUAUGGUGGUGGUUAUGGUGGUGGUUAUGGUGGUUAUGCUUAUCAGCAAGAGUAUGAUUAUGGAAGUGGUGGUGGUGGUGGUGGUGGCGUUGGUGGUGGCGGCGGUGGCGGCGGCGUUGGUGGAGGCGGUGGUGGUGCUAGCAGUGGUGGAGAUGAUGGACCAAAGAUGCGAACCGAUGUUUCAUGCUAUCUUGGACCCAGAUGA